AUGUCUUCGCCUGAACGCAUCCUUGCUGUGACGCUCGACUAUACAGACAAAACGCUUCUUACGGAGCUGCAAGUGCCAGUUCCCAGCGAUGCCACCAUUCUCGAACUACGCCAAGCAGUCCAUGACGCAUGCACCCGUGACCCAGGAAUUUGGCCGCCUUUAUGGCAAGGGCUGGGUUUCACUUCUUCCCUACCCUUCGACCCAGCGGAAAUUUCAUUUGCUACCGAGCACAACGGUUUAGGGGCAUUUAGAGACCCUAACGACCCUUUUUGGACGCUGCUUGUAGACGACGAAGACGAAGUCCAUGCAAUCAUCGGGCUUCCAGCUGCAGUGCAACCAGAUUCAGCGUUUGAAACUGCGACCAGCAACCACUUCAAUUCACCGUCUUCCCUCAACAACCUGGAGAGUCCCUUGCUUGGAGCGAUGCAAGACAAGAUACAGCAGUCAAAGGCAAAGCGGGAGGCGGACAUCCGGAAAGAGAGGGAUCAAAAGCGAGGGUUGACUAAGAGCCUGGAUGUUGCAAAGAGCCAGUUCAAGGCGGAGCAGGAGAGAGCGGCAAAGUUGGAAGCGACAUUGAAGGCCGCUAGCAAGUCGAGAGAGAAGGCAAAGCUGGAGAGUACGAUGGAGUCGAAGGUGGCGAAGGCGGCACAGGAUGCAUCAGAGGUGAAGAGAGAUGUGCAGGCUCUGGAGAAGAAGCUGCUAGCCAAGUUUGAAAGAGUUGCCGACGAGCGCGACACUGCGCAGGAACGCAGUGAGGUACUCUCCAAGAAUCUCGACACCGCGCUUGAGCGCAUUGAGACACUCUCCAAGGAUCUCGAUAUUGCGCAGGAACGCAGUGAGGUACUCUCCAAGAAUCUCAACACCGCGCUUGAGCGCAUUGAGACACUUUCCAAGGAUCUCGAUACUGCGCUUGAGCGCAUUGAUACACUCUCCGAGGAUCUCGACACCACGCGCAGCCAGCUUGCUGCCGUUCUCACAUGGCAAGAAGGCAUCAUCAAUAAGCUCGACCCUCAGCGCAUCGCGUCUCUGGAAGAAUUGUCUGGCGCUAUCGUUAAUGCGGUUCUACACCAGAACUUCCGUCCCCUCUAUGCAUUUCAACUCCGCGCCGCGCUGGACCACAUGCAGAGCAUAUUGGAAAGACACAUCCGAUCGGCCACAAGCCAGCCAGUUGGGCACCACACCAGAUAUUCAAAACUUUGGAGACAGAGGCUUGACGACGAGGCCGGCAAAGAGCUUCCAGCGCGUGUCGCUCACGCCAGGUCCUUGCUGGUCAACGCUCCAGCCGAAUACCAAAAUGUCAUCAACUCCGACGACGCAAUGGCAAUUAUCUGUCAAAAAGCCUCCCCGAUCCGCAGCACUGGCGACAAGGUUGCGCACUCAUACGGAGAAGGGGCGACGGACCAAAAGGCCAUCGAGCACGUCCUCACUAAUCCAGCUGAACGGAGCGGCAUGGCCGAGAUCCUCGCCUCCCUUUCUAAUGUCCAUAUCAAGCGGUUGGCAGCCAGAGUCUAG